UUCAAAAAUAACAGUACGAGUCUUCAUCUACGUUUCUGUUCUCUUUAGGUGCAAUGUGAAAUCUGUUGACCUCUGAUAAACUGUACAUUCAGACGUAAAAACCAUGGCGAUUCCAAUGGAGAGCCAGCUUCAGAGUAUAUUCGAGGAUGUGGUGAAGACUGAAGUGAUUGAAGAGGCGUUUGCAGGCAUGUUUAUGGAUACGGAGGAGGAUGAGAGAACAAAACUCAUUAGCUGUCUGGGUGCCUUCCGUCAGUACUGGAGCACCCUACCACAGGAAUCCCAUGAGCAGUGUGUUCAGUGGAUUGUGAGAUUCAUCCACAGUCAGCACAGUCCUAAACGCAUCUCUUUCCUGUACGACUGCCUGGCCAUGGCUGUGGAGACCAGCCUUCUCACCCCCAGGAUGGUGUGUCAGGCUUUGAUAAGUUCAGAGACUUUGGAAUGGGAGAGAACACAGCUGUGGGCCUUGACUUUCCGACUCAUUCGUAAAAUCAUCGGUGGAGUGGACUACAAGGGAGUGAGAGACCUGCUCAAGGCCGUUCUGGACAAAAUUCAGACCAUCCCUAACUAUGUAAGCUCUGCGGUGGUGCAGCAGCUCUUAGCAGCUCGAGAGGUUGUGGAGUAUAUCCUGGACAGAAAUGCGUGUCUCCUGCCGGCAUACUUCGCUGUGACGGAGAUCCGCAAACUGUAUCCUGAGGGCACACUUUCACACUGGCUCUUGGGCAGCCUGAUAUCUGAUUUUGUGAACAGUUUCCGGCCAACUGCAAGAAUAAACUCCAUUUGUGGGAGAUGUAGCCUUCUUCCAGUGGUCAACAACUCUGGAGCCAUCUGUAACUCAUGGAAACUGGACCCCACCUCUCUACGCUUCCCUCUUAGAGGAAUGCUCCCUUAUGAUAAGGACCUGUUUGAACCCCAGACGGGGCUUCUACGAUACGUGCUGGAGCAGCCUUACUCCAGAGACAUGGUCUGCAAUAUGCUAGGGCUAAACAAACAGACCUUGAACAUUGCUCAGCAUAAGCAGCGCUGUCCGGUUCUGGAGGACCAGCUGGUGGACCUGGUGGUGUACGCGAUGGAGCGUUCGGAGACGGAGGAGCAGUUUGACGACGGAGGCACCAGUCAGCUGCUCUGGCAGCAUCUCUCCAGCCAGCUCAUCUUUUUCGUGCUCUUCCAGUUCGCCAGCUUCCCACACAUGGUCCUGUCACUCCAUCAGAAGCUUGCUGGCAGAGGUCUAAUAAAAGGCCGAGACCACUUGAUGUGGGUUCUGCUUCAGUUUAUUUCUGGAAGCAUCCAGAAGAACGCCCUGGCAGACUUCCUUCCGGUCAUGAAGCUCUUUGAUCUGCUGUACCCAGAGAAGGAGUGCAUCCCUGUCCCAGAUAUCAACAAGCCUCAGUCCACACACGCCUUCGCCAUGACCUGCAUCUGGAUCCACCUGAAUCGUAAAGCCCAGAACGACAACUCCAAACUACAGAUCCCAAUCCCCCACUCACUGAAACUCCAUCACGAGUUCCUACAGCAGAGUCUGCGUAAUAAGAGUCUUCCAAUGACAGACUAUAAAAUUGCUUUGCUGUGUAAUGCCUACUCCACUAACUCAGAGUGCUUCACCCUGCCCAUGGGCGUCCUGGUGGAGACCAUCUACGGGAACGGCAGCAUGCGCAUCACCUUACCCGGCACCAACUGCAUGGCAUCGGGUUCCGUUACGCCACUACCCAUGAACCUGCUGGACUCCCUCACUGUCCACGCCAAGAUGAGCCUCAUCCACAGCAUAGCCACGCGCGUCAUAAAACUCGCCCACGCCAAAUCGAGCCUGGCUCUGGCCCCUGCCCUGGUGGAGACAUACUCGCGCCUCCUGGUCUACAUGGAGAUCGAAUCUCUGGGAAUCAAAGGCUUUAUCAGCCAGCUCUUGCCCAACGUGUUUAAGUCUCACGCGUGGGGUAUUCUGCAUACCCUGCUGGAGAUGUUUAGCUACAGGAUGCAUCACAUCCAGCCUCACUACAGAGUUCAGCUCCUCAGUCACCUGCACUCCUUGGCCGCUGUGCCCCAGACCAACCAGAACCAGCUCCACCUGUGUGUGGAGAGCACAGCCUUGAGACUGAUCACUGCGUUGGGGAGUUCAGAAGUCCAACCCCAGUUCACCCGUUUCCUUAGUGACCCCAAAACGGUUCUGUCUGCUGAGUCUGAGGAGCUGAACCGUGCUCUCAUCCUUACACUCGCCCGGGCCACACACGUCACAGACUUCUUCACGGGGUCGGACUCCAUCCAGGGGACCUGGUGCAAGGACAUUCUGCAGACCAUCAUGAACUUCACUCCUCACAACUGGGCCUCACACACUCUCAGCUGCUUCCCAGCUCCGCUUCAGGCAUUUUUCAAACAAAACAACGUUCCUCAAGAGAGUCGUUUCAACCUGAAGAAGAACGUGGAGGAAGAGUAUAGGAAGUGGAAAUCCAUGACGAACGAGAACGACAUAAUCACUCAUUUCUCCAUGCAGGGCUCUCCUCCGCUCUUUCUCUGUCUGCUCUGGAAGAUGCUUCUAGAAACAGACCACAUCAACCAGAUUGGCUUCAGGGUGCUCGAGCGGAUCGGCGCCCGAGCUCUUGUGGCUCACGUGCGGACGUUCGCCGACUUUCUGGUUUACGAGUUUUCGACGUCCGCCGGCGGACAACAACUGAACAAGUGUAUCGAGAUUUUGAACGACAUGGUGUGGAAGUACAACAUCGUUACUCUGGACCGUCUCAUCCUCUGUCUGGCAAUGAGAAGUCACGAGGGGAACGAGGCCCAGGUCUGUUACUUCAUCAUCCAGCUCCUGCUGCUCAAGCCAAACGAUUUCCGAAACCGCGUCAGCGACUUCGUCAAAGAGAACGCUCCGGAACACUGGCUACAGAGCGACUGGCACAACAAACACAUGAGCUACCACAAGAAAUACCCAGAGAAGCUUUACUUUGAGGGCUUGGCUGAGCAGGUCAACCCCCCCAUGCAGCUGCAACCGCAGUACCUGCCCAUCUACUUUGGCAAUGUCUGCCUGCGCUUCCUGCCCGUCUUCGACAUCGUUAUCCACCGCUUCCUGGAGCUCCUGCCCGUCUCCAAGUCUCUGGAGACCUUGCUCGAUCACCUGGGUGGGCUUUAUAAGUUUCACGAUCGCCCGGUGACAUAUCUGUACAACACCCUUCAUUACUAUGAGAGGCACCUUCGUGACCGUACCAAUCUGAAGAGGAAGCUUGUUCACGCCAUCAUGAGUUCUCUGAAAGACAACCGCACCCCGGGCUGGUGCCUGAGUGAGACCUACCUCAAAUUCGGCAUGAACCCGCGUGACGACAACAUCUGGGUACCGGACGACACCUACUACUGCAAGCUGAUUGGUCGCCUCGUUGACACCAUGGCAGGCAAAUCUCCCGGCCCUUUUCCCAACUGCGACUGGCGUUUUAACGAGUUCCCCAACCCCGCCGCCCACGCGCUGCAUGUGACGUGCGUGGAGCUGAUGGCGUUGGCAGUGCCAGGGAAGGACGUUGGCAAUGCCCUCCUCAACGUGGUCCUCAAGAGUCAGCCGCUGGUGCCGCGGGAAAACAUCACAGCCUGGAUGAAUGCCAUUGGCCUGGUCAUUACCGCUCUGCCUGAGCCGUACUGGAUAGUGCUCCACGACCGUAUCGUGAGUGUUAUCUCCAGUCCUGCGUUGACCUCAGAGACAGAGUGGGUCGGCUACCCUUUCCAGCUGCUGGACUUCACGGCCUGUCACCAGUCGUACUCGGAGAUGUACUGCAGCUAUGUGCUAGCGCUAGCACACGCCGUCUGGCACCACUCCAGCAUAGGCCAGCUCUCCCUCAUUCCCAAGUUCCUGUCAGAGGUGUUGAAGCCCAUUGUGAGGACAGAGUUUCAGUUGUUGUACGUGUAUCACCUGGUGGGGCCGUUUCUACAGCGCUUCCAACAGGAGAGAACCCGCUGCAUGCUGGAGAUUGGGGUGGCCUUCUACGAGAUGCUUCAAGCUGUGGACCAGCACAGUAAACACUUGGCAUACAUGGACCCCAUCUGUGACUUCCUCUACCACAUCAAAUACAUGUUCACAGGAGACAGUGUCAAGGACCAGGUGGAGAAGAUCAUUUGCACGCUGAGGCCGGCUAUGAAGCUCCGCCUCCGAUUCAUCACCCACAUCAGCAAGAUGGAGCCGGCGGCAACCGUCACUACGGCGACCAGCGCCCCUCAGCCAACCAGCGUGUCUUCCCCCGCCUCCCAGAGUAACGCCGGAACCUCGAACGUCUCUCUCUCUGUGGCACAGUAACAGGGGCUCCAGUUUUCAGCAAAAAAUGUUGAAUUCCAAGCCUCCAUAGCCUUACGAGCUGAUUCGAUUUUUAUUAUUUUUUAACCAUCCAACGCAGGACUGGUUUAUGAAUUUAGAAUCAGGUGCGUGUGCAGUGUUGAGCCACGAAUAGGUAAAAGCAAAGCAACCAUGACUCUCAGAUUUCCAGAGGAUGAAUGACUUGCCUUUGAAUUCAAGACGAUUUUGAUUCCAUCUUGAGUUUACCUCGUGUCCUUAGCUUUUGGCCCAGUUUUCACUGAGACUGUCCAAACAGAAAGAGAAAGCCUGGUGUUCAUUCUCAUUCCGAGGACAAGGGGGGCAACCAAAUCUGGGUCUUUCUGAUGGAUAAGUAUUAAUAGAUAGCACUCAAUUUUUUUGUCAU